UUAGAGGAGCUUGUUUGCGUGUUCACCAAAUAUUAAAAAAAAGACAAGGUAGAAGAUCCGGAUGAUUGUUGAGCAAAUCUGUGGGAUCUUACUUUCCAAACUGUCAAUAUUUGGUAUCCUAUCUUCAUUCUCAUCAUGUCUCCUCUCCUCUCCUCUUCUCUUCUUCAUUUUAUAUUCUCACUUUUCACCAUUCUUUCUCUUCAAUUCUUUUCUCUCUCCUUUCUCUCUUCUCAAUUUUCUCUCUAAAACAUUAUUAUCAUCAUGGGUUUGGCUACUAACUUAGAAUUGGAUCACUUUCAUGUGUUGGCUGUGGAUGAUAGCAUCAUAGAUAGAAAAUUGAUUGAAACUCUUCUCAAGACUUCUUCCUAUCAAGUUACUGCAGUAGAUUCUGGAACUAAAGCACUAGAAUUUCUUGGUCUAAAUACUAUUCAAGAAGAAGAAGAAAAUGAAGAAGUAACAAAUUUCCCAUCUUUUUCUUCAACAACUGAUCAUGAUGAUCAUGAUCAUGAUAUUAUGGAAGUUAAUUUGAUCAUAACAGAUUACUUUAUGCCUGGAAUGACUGGCUAUGAUCUCCUCAAGAAAGUUAAGGAAUCAAAAUCUCUUAGAGAUAUACCAGUUGUUAUCAUGUCAUCUGAGAAUGAACCAUCCAGAAUCAACAGGUGUUUGGAAGAUGGAGCUGAGGAAUUCUUCUUGAAACCAGUUCAGUUAUCAGAUGUGAAGAAACUAAGAUCUCAUUUGGUAAAGGGAAUAAGAUCUGAUCAUCAUAUAAUUGAAAAUCAACCCAACAUUAUGGAAAAAACCCAAUCUGCUGUUGAAUUGGAAUUUCAAUCUCUAUGAAAAUAACCAUAUGAAUUUCAUAUACAUAUGUUGUUUUAAUUAUUUCAUAGGUAUUUAUUAGAUCAGAUUUAGUGGAGAGAAAUAACAUUAUUGAUCUAUGCUAGUAUUAUUAUAUUAUUCAAAUAUCAACAACAUUUUUUACAAUUAUUUA